AUGAGCGAGAUCUGCCAAUACUGUAACUCCUAUUUCAACAUUUCUCAGGCCGGGGACCGCUCGCACAAGUUCCGUCAUGCAAUCACUGGACCAGUCGAGGCAUAUGUGGUUGGUGCAGAUGCGGGUUGCUGGCAUUGCGCUGCUCUCCUCCAAUUCUUGAAGGAAAAGGGAAACAAGAAGGACUAUAUAUACUACAGCAAUCAGAAAGGCCUUGGAGUAUUGCCACAAGAUGUUCCAGACGAUUCUUUUGACAGGAGAUAUCUCCCUGAUAUCGAUAUGAACGUCUACCGGGUGACUGUCGAAGGCACUCCAAGCGCUGAGUCAAAGUUGGCACUCAAUAUUGACCUUCCGGUUUCCUCAAAGUCCGAUAAGUGCUUCAUGUGGAUUCAGAAGCGGUUGAACGAAUGUGCAAGCUCGCAUGAUUGCUGGAAUCCAACAGGCUUGAAAACACCAAAGCGUCUUCUAGAGAUAAGCAACGACAAACUCAUCCUUCGAACCAACAUCCUCAAAGAAAAGUACGCAAAACUGAGUCACUGUUGGGGAACCUCGAGCUCAGCUAGCAUCAAGCUACUCAAGAGUACCUCCAACACUUUUACUCAUGACGGUAUCGCACUUGAUGACCUUUCAGUGACCUUCCGAGACGCUGCAGAUGUCUGCAAGAGACUCGGAAUUCAAUAUAUUUGGAUUGACUCUUUAUGCAUCAUUCAAGAUGAUCCUCAAGAUUGGUUACAGGAGUCUACUCAAAUGGCAGGCAUAUACGCGAAUGCCUUCCUCGGAUUGUUCGCCGGUCAUGCGAAAAAUGGCAAUGGCGGGCUUUACUCCAAUCGCUACAACCCAGAAACAUUCUUGAUUGUGGAAAAGUUUGGCGUGAAGGACGAUCACGGUCAACAGAGAACCAUGUACAUUCAACAACAGCACCUAAUUGGCCAUGAUUUGACUUUCAAUUUUGACUUGUUCCCUAAAUUCCCUUCAUAUGAGUAUCGCCAGCUACCGACUGUAAAAGAACCACUGUAUCAAAGAGGUUGGGUGGUUUUCCAAGAGCUUCAUCUCUCCCCACGUGCAAUCCUCUUCAACAGCCAAGAGCUCACAUGGGUGUGCAACCAGGAUGCGCAGUGCGAAUGUGGCGAGACGACAAAGAACAACUUUGCCACCAAGUAUUUCUUCACCCAUGUCCCCAAGACUGCUGACUAUCCGGGUGCAGUCAAAGGAGAUCUCUUCUAUAAGCAUGGCAUGAGGAAUUGGGCACAUCUGAUCCACCGAUACUCUCGACUUGGACUCACAUUUGAGAAAGAUCGCCUGCCUGCGCUAUCUGGAAUGGCCAAAGCUUUCCAAACAAUGGGAAGCACUGAAAUGAAGGAUGACGUGUACCUGGCAGGAAUUUGGAAGAGUAUGCUGCCUGAAGCCCUACUGUGGAAAGCAGUGGACGGUCCUCCAAGCGAAAGAGGACCGCCAACUUGGUCGUGGAUGUGCUGUGACUUCACGGUGCCAAGGGGCAUAUCAACGACCGAGUAUACCUUGCGAGAUGAAUACAUACGUAACAGUAGUACUGAAGAGCUUAUCAGCCUGCAGGAUAAGGACUGUCGCUUUUCGUUUCUACCAGACUAUGACUUCACGGACAAGAGUCUUGGGGGUUUGUACAUUCCGCCAUCAGAGACGCUCUACUGCAUGCCUGUUGUUGGUCUGGAUGGAUACUGGCCAUUCUCGGAAACGUCUCUUGUCUUAAGACAGCAUUCAAGAAGUGCAGAGUUUAGAGACACGCCUGAUGUGACUCAUAGAAUACAUGCCAUGCUUCACGGCUUUGUCUUCUCGGGAAACAGCGAAUGUAUUCAGGGUUCAGCCGGUCACGAAGCCCAACCUUAG